GGGAAAGAGGCUCGAGCAACAAGUUAGUAGCCAUGUUCGGCCCCGACCGGUGUCCGCAGAUCAAACUCUCGCCCAAGGACCGCGCGCUGUACGACAACGCCGCGAGGAAGUUCCUGCAGGACACGGUGGCCGAGCGCGCCAAGUUCAACGCCAAGAACAUCGACCCGCAGCACUGGGCCUUCGUCAAGCGCCGCAAAGAGGUCAGCGUCUUCAGCAGCGUGCCCGGGUCAACGAACCAGUCGACCAUCAUCAUGGUGGGCACGGGCCUCAUCGAUGGCCGGAUCGAGGAAGUCAUGGGUGGACUCUACUGCGAUACGACCCACGAACUUCGCACUGCUAAAGUGUUGCUAGGCUACGAUCUCAAGGACGGGUCUGUGCUCAACGCGCACGAGCGGCGCACACCCGAAGACCCGUUCCGCUUCGCUGGAAUCAAGUGGUUUGCCGGGAGGUGCGCAUGGGGGCUGCUCCACGAUCGAGACGCUCUCACUUACGAGCGGAUGGGGACGACGACCGACGCGCAGGGCCACGAGCUGACCUACCACACGUUGCAGUCUAUCAAGCGGCCGGAGUGGCCGUCGGAAUCCACGCCCGGUAUGUUGCGCCAGCACACGGCGUCAUGCUACCUCUAUCGACGACACAAGCGCACCAACAAGACGGAGAUUUUCCUGUGGGGAUCCAUCCUCAAAUUCGGCUCGGCGCCAGAGAAGGCCAUCCAGCUCGGCGUGGCCAGCACGUGGCUCAACGUCGUCCGCAGUCCUCGCGGCGGCCGGGCCAAGAAAUUCAGCGCGCUCAUGGACGAAGCCGACAGCCACCAGUGGAUGCCCUCCAGCGCGAAUUGCCACGUCUGUCGCCGCCGCAAGCCGAAGCUUGGGUCGCACGCGCUUUGCUCGGGCUGUCACCAGAGCGUGUGCAAGGACUGCUCCGAGCAGCACUACAUCUUCGAGCUGAGCAAGUCCGGUAAGGCCAAGAAGCGGUUGUUCUGCGCGCUGUGCGUCAAGAACGUCACGGGCAAGACGCACUUGGUCCCCGGAUCCAGCUCGUCGCUCUCGGGGUACUACGACGCGAGCGAGUGCUCGACCGCGAGCAUGAGCAUGAGCAGCAGCAGCAGCGGCCGCAGCAGUCGCAGCGACAGCUUCCUCAGUCGCACGUUCAGCUUCAAGCGGCCGCUGGAUCCGUUCCGCCCGCGCGUGUCUCCUUCCGACGACGAGGCCCCCGACGAGCUGGACCUCGAUUGGUAG